UAUAGCCCUUGUCCAGCAUGCACAAAGCCCUAGGCUCAAUCCUCAACAUUGCCAAAAAAAAAAAUUUUUUUUUUACACUGCUUAUCAAAGAUAAAUUGUACUUCUAAAGAAUCAAAGUUGAUUAUAGGAGUUUGUUACCUAAGAGAGUGAUUCUUAAACAUUAAUAUGCAUAAGAAUCACUUAAUGAGAAUCACAUAGGGGAAAAGAUUGAAGUGUAGAUUGCCCUUAGCACCAGACAGUUUGAUUGAAAUAUCUGGAGGGAGCCAAGGAAUUGACUUUAAAAACAAAAAUUUUAAAACACGCACACAAACAAGCCUUCCAAACAACUCCUUAUGCCUGUGCUUCACACACUCCAUUUGAGUAACACUGAUUCAAACUAAGCUCAGAUUUCAGAAGCAUUGUUAACUUGAAAAUACCUCAUGAAGUUAAUAACUUGACCGCGUGGUGGCGGUGCAGGCUAAGAGAAUGAAUAAAAGCUCCAAAGAUUUGGUGGACUCCCACUUCACCCAGAAACCAAAGAAAGAAAAUACAGAACACAAUUACAGCUAGAGCUAAGAUAGAUGUAAUCGGUAAGGGAGUCGUAGCUGGAUAAGCUAUAAGGAGGAAUUAAAAAUCUAUAUACAACAAAGACAUUUCAAAGGGUCUGUGGUCGAUCUGGAAUUGGGAGCUGAAAAGGAUUUCCCCCUCCGGAACUGGAACCAGACAUAACAAUGGAGAUGGUGAAAACAAAAAUACAGCACAAGAAAAGGCAAGUGGCUACCUUUAUUAUACUGAUGCUUUUGUGGGAGGUGGGUUCAGAAUCGGUUCAGUAUUCCAUAAUGGAGGAGACAGAAAGUGGCACGUUUGUGGCUAACUUGACAAAGGACCUGGGAUUUAAGGUGGGAGAGCUGGCAGAUCGGAGCGCCCGUGUUGUUUUCAAAGGAGGCAGACAACAUUUGCAGCUUGACCCACAAACCCAUGAUUUGCUGCUAAAUGAAAAACUGGACCGGGAGGAACUCUGUGGCUCCACUGAGCCCUGUGUGCUACCUUUUCAGGUGUUACUGGAAAACCCCUUGCAGUUUUUUCAGGCUACCUUGCGAGUCAGAGAUAUAAAUGACCAUGCUCCAGAGUUUCCAGCCAGAAAAAUGCUACUGAAAAUAUCAGAAAUUACUAUGCCAGGAAAGAUAUUUCCUUUGAAAAUGGCGCAGGAUUUAGACGUUGGCAGCAACAGCCUUCAAAGCUACUCCAUCAGCUCCAACCCUCACUUCCACGUUCUUACCAGCAAUCGCAGCGACGGCAGGAAAUUCCCAGAGCUAGUGCUUGACAAAGCAUUGGAUCGCGAGGAGCAGUCCCAAUUCAGACUAACCCUGACCGCCCUGGAUGGUGGGUCUCCGCCCCUAUCGGGAACUUCAGACAUUCAAAUCCUGGUUUUGGACAUCAAUGACAAUGUCCCUGAGUUUACUCAGGACCUCUAUGAGGCGCACAUCUCUGAGAACAAACACCCUGGCUCGCUGGUAAUUACCGUUUCAGCCAGGGAUUUAGAUGCGGGAUCAUUUGGGGAGGUAUCUUACACCUUAUUUCAAGAUGAUGACAUUAACCAACCCUUCGAAAUAAAUGCAAUAAGUGGAGAGAUUCGACUGAGAAAAACUUUGGAUUUUGAAGAAUUUCAGUCUUAUCAUGUGGAUAUUGAGGCCACAGAUGGUGGGGGCCUAACAGGAAAAUGCUCUUUAAUCGUUCAGGUCCUGGACGUGAAUGACAAUGCUCCUGAAUUGACUGUGUCCUCACUUAACAGCCCUAUAGCUGAAAACUUGCCAGGAAUAAUAGUGGCAGUUUUCAGUGUUUCUGAUGCAGAUUCUGGACCUAACCAAGAAGUUAUUUGUUCCAUAGACGACAAUCUCCCCUUUCUUCUAAGACCUUCAGUGGAAAAUUUCUAUGCUCUGGUAACAGAUGGAGCUCUGGACAGAGAGACCAAAGCCGAGUACAACAUCACCAUCACGGUCACAGACUUGGGGACACCCAGGUUGAAAACCGAGCACAGCAUAACCAUCCACGUCUCUGACGUCAACGACAACGCCCCUGCCUUCACGCAAACAUCCUACACACUAUUGGUGCGUGAGAACAACCAACCCGCCCUGAACAUAGGCAGUGUCAGCGCCACAGACAGAGACUCAGGCACCAACGCCCAGAUCACUUACUCACUGCUGCCAACCCAGGACCCGCACCUGCCCCUGGCCUCGCUGGUUUCCAUCAACGCAGACAAUGGGCAGCUGUUCGCGCUGACGGCGCUGGACUUCGAGGCCCUGCAGGCAUUCGAGUUCCGCGUGGGCGCCACAGACCAAGGCUCACCCGCGCUCAGCAGCCAGGCGCUGGUGCGAGUGGUGGUGCUGGACGACAAUGACAACUCGCCCUUCGUGCUGUAUCCAAUGCAGAACGCCUCUGCGCCCUGCACCGAACUGGUUCCCAGGGCGGCAGAGCAGGGCUACCUGGUCACCAAGGUGGUGGCAGUGGACAGAGACUCAGGCCAAAACGCCUGGCUGUCAUACCAGCUGCUCAAGGCCACGGAGCCCGGAGUGUUUGGCGUGUGGGCGCACAAUGGCGAGGUGCGCACAGCCAGGCUGCUGAGCGAGCGCGACGCGGCCAGGCACAGGCUGGUGGUGCUGGUCAAGGACAAUGGCGAGCCUCCGCUGUCUGCCAGCGUCACGCUGCACGUGCUUCUGGUGGAUGGCUUCUCCCAGCCCUACCUGCCGCUCCCGGAAGUGGCGCCCGAGCGCGCGCAGGGGGACUCGCUCACUGUCUACUUGGUCAUCGCCUUGGCGUCGGUGUCAUCGCUUUUCCUCUUCUCUGUGCUGGUGUUUGUGGCGGUGAGGCUUUGCAGGAGGCGCAGGGCGGCGCCGCUGGGUAUCUGCUCUUUGCCUGAGGGCCACUUUCCUGGCCACCUGGUGGACUUUAGUGGCACUGGGACCCUGUCCCAGAGCUACCAGUAUGAGGUGUGUCUGGCUGGAGACUCUGGGUCUGGUGAGUUCAAAUUCUUGAAGCCUAUUAUCCCCAACUUACCUCCUUAGGGAACUGGAGGGAAAUUGAGGAAAGUCCCACCCUUCAGAAUAGCCUCCUAUUCUGUGAAAUAUUGUAUUACUAUACUAAACCCUACUUAAUUAAGUUUAGAAAUGUUCUUUUUUUUUGUAGUUGUAGAUAGACAUAAUGCUUUUAUUUUAUUAUUUGUUUAUUUUUAUGUGGUGCUGAGGAUGGAACCCAGUGCCUCACCAAUGCUAAGCAAGUGCUCUGCCAGUGGGGUACAGCAGCAGCUCCAGGAAAUGUUCUUUAACUUAAAUUCAUGUUAUUGAUUCAUGUUUUGAUUCUCCAAUUCUUUUAUUACUAUUCAUUAUGCUGAAAUUUUACAAUAAAAGUCAGAUACCAGAGAUGUACCAUAUUUUAUCCAUUAUCCAUGUGCUUCAUCUUUUUUAUUACUCUCACCUACUUUUUAAUUAAUUAAUUUUAAUUGGGUAUAUAUGACAUCAGAAUGCAUUUUGAUUGUACACAAUUGCAAUACAACUUUUCAUUUAUCUGGUUGUAUAUGAUGUAGCAACUCUCACCUACUUUUGACAACUGAAAUAAAAAGUAAUUUUUUAGUAAUUAAGACAUUUAAAAUUACCUAUCCUUUCAAAAAACUAUAUUCCAAAAUCCUUACAAUUCUAUUUCUAAGAAUUGGUUACAGUCAUUUCUCUACUACUUUGGAGAACUAUUUUUAAAUUGUAUUUGAAAGUAUUUAAUCUCCCAAAGGCAGUCUCAUUUUGAGAUAACUCCACCAGUGUGUAUAUAACUCUAAAUGCUAAGACAGAUAAAUGUAAAAAUAGCCAUUCAUACUUAUAUGCAUAUUAGUACACCAUAAUGAUUAAUACUUUCUUUGGAUAUAGACUUUGCUGAACUGUCAACACAUAAAAUUGCAAUUUGUAAACCUCAUAUAAGAAUAUGAUGGUCUUUUUUCUUAACACUAAGCUAAUUAUAAAUGAUUAAUAAAUAUUGGAUUAAUGUUAUUAAAAUUUCAGUAAUGAUGGUUUAAAAUUGAUUAAUGUUAAUAUCUUCUUUACAAUAAACUACCCUUGCCAAUGA